CGUGAGCGAAGGAUUAGGGAAGGUAUUCGGGCUGUAUUGAACUGAACGCUGCUGUAUUUUAAUAAUACUUCCAGAAUAACGCUAGAGUCGCAAUGGUGUCGCACUCGCUGGUUUUACCCAUGAUCGGCUUCACCACACUGUGGGGUUUGGUCGGGAUCGUCGCCCCGUUUUUAGUACCCAAAGGACCGAACAGAGGCGUCAUCAUAACCAGUUUGGUGCUGACCGCAGUUUGCUGCUAUUUAUUCUGGUUAGUGGCAAUACUGGCCCAAGCAAAUCCUCUGUUUGGCCCUCAGCUUAAAAACGAAACCAUAUGGUAUCUGCGGUACUACUGGGAGUAAAUGGAGGAGUCAUCUGGAGGAUUCAGAAUAUUUACUUCAUCGGGAUUUUACUCUUACAGUUCAUUAAAUCUGCAAAAAUAUUAAAAUAGUGGAGGAUCUAUUCCAAGAGAACAACCCUUGUGUUGUCACUAAACAACAUCUGAUGUUACAAACAACUAAAAAAAGUUGUUCUCACAUAAAUCACAUGAUUUUUUGAUCAAACAUGACUGAAAACUUGGGAAAUACUUCAGAAUAUGUAUAUAAAAGAAAUGAUAUACUGAGAUAUUCUUGUGAAAUGUGAAGAAUUGUCCGUUUGUGUGCUUCGGAUGUAUGAGAGUUUGAGUAAUGUGAGUAUUUUUUGCUGUGCAUUUACAAAACAUCGUGUCGUCCUCACCUGCACGUGACUAUCCAUGUUUACUUCCUAAAAUAAUUAUGUUUUCUAUUUAUUCAUGUGUUUAUUUGUAUUAUAGACAGAUUGAUAGUCUAUUGCUGUUAUUAUAUGUAGAUGAAGCUGUCGUACGUGUUCAGGAAAGACUACGGAACUGGGGAAAAUAAAGCGAAGUAUUAAAAUGAACUUUCAUAUUCCUCAA